CAGAAAUGCAGAAAACGGAUUACAGUAACACCUGAAAACAGAGCUUCAUUUUCACUAUCUCCUCCGCCCUUUCUUUCCACACUUUACUACACAAUAUUCAAUAUUCAAUUUUUUUUGCUUCAGAUGUGCUAUUGGAAUUGGAAGUGUUCACCUGGUGAAGAGUUUUUGCUUUCUCCUUGAGGUUUACUUUUUUUAAAAGUAAAGUUUCAGUUGCUUAAGUUCAGAGCCACAUCUGUAGAUCACUUUUACGAAGACCAAUCAAAUCAUUCUCGUCUGGCCUAAUGUCAGAAGGCCUUAUGGCAGUUGUUAAACCCGAGAUGAUGUCAUACAUAUGGCUUCAAACUGCUGAUGGUUCAAUUCAACAAGUAGAGGAAGAGGUUGCUAUGUUUUGUCCUAUGAUAUGUAGAGAAGUUCUCCAGACUGGCAUGGGUUCCUCAAAAAAUUAUGCAAUAUCACUUCCUCAACGAGUAAAUCCUUCUAUUUUGGGCUUAAUACUGGACUACUGUCGGUUCCAUCAAGUACCAGGUCAUUCAAAUAAGGAACGCAAGGCUUUUGACGAGAAGUUUGUCCGGUUGGAUACCAAAAAACUAUGCGAAUUAACAUCUGCUGCUGACAGCCUCCAAUUGAGGCCUUUGGUUGAUCUUACCAGUCGUGCACUUGCUCGAAUGAUCGAAGGAAAAACUCCAGAAGAAAUUCGUGAAAUAUUCCAUUUACCUGACGAUCUAACAGAGGAGGAGAAGUUGGAGCCCUUAAGAAAUGAGACUGAUGAUCUACGUAUUCGACUGUUGAAUCGACUUUAUGCAAGAAAAAGGAAACAAUUAAAAGAAAAACAGAAGUCAAAGAAUGUUGAGGUAGAAGAAGAGCAGGUGGUGGAUGAACGGUCGGUUGAUGAUCUUUUGUCAUUCAUAAAUGGUGGAGAUGGAGAUGGAGCAUAUUCAGAUGUACGUACUUCUAAGAAUAAAAAGAAAAAUCGCCGGAGAAAAGAUCAAGCUACAAGUUCUUCAAACAAUGAGCCUGGUGGCAAUAAGGAUAAUUGUCUCCCUCCCAACCAGUUGAAUAGAGACAUUGAUCGCAGGCCUCCUUCAAGAAGAACUUCUAAUCCACAUGACUCCGGGACGGUUAUAUUUACACCUAAGCUUGAACUUGAUGAUGGUGACAUCGAUGAUGAAUUUGACCCUGCAAGGGAGGAGGAAAUCGAUAGGGAGGUUGAGGAUUUUGCUCGAAGGCUGAACUCUAAUUGGCCAGAGAGAAAGCAGGAGCUUCUAUGCUUGGGUCAAGAGAGGAAAUUUUUACCAAUAUCGUCUAUGAAUGGAAGCAGUUCUCUAAAAAGAUGUUCAAAUUAGGUGCUCUCUCGGCUUCUCCAAGGCAAAGUAGCAAAGGUUUUUGUCGAGAAGAAGCAAGCAAACAAGCAGACAAUGGUGGUGGAAGAUCGAAAUGUUCUAAGAUAAGCUGGGUUGAAGACCGGAGAAUCGAUAUGAUGCAUGCCAAGGUGGAUAAUGCAUUACUAUUGUGUAUAUGAAGGUGAGCAAUUCUGCCACUGCCAUGUUGUGAUACUCUUUGCCCAGUUUAUGAAUUCUGAAAAUGGAGUUCUAAACCUGGGACUGGUUGGUGGGUACAAAUAACUUAACUUUCCAAAGAAAAAGGAAUUGUUUGUGGCAAUGCAAUGGUCAACUAAUUACAUUAUUUCCCUCCUGCAGUUUAGACUUUCAAGCACACCCACCCUUUUCAACGUUUUACCAAAAGUGUUUAUACUCUGAUGUUGUUUACCAUUACCUUUAUUAGUGUACGUUUUCAUUUAUAUUUUCAGUGUUGUAUUAAUUU